AUGCAACAGCUCUUGUUCACUGUGAUAUUUUCCGAGAUGGUAUUGAUAUUGGUGUUAUCGUUCAAGACCCCCUUGAGGAAGCUUGUGAUCAUGAGCCUUGAUCGUGUGAAGCGUGGCCGUGGGCCUGUGGUGAUCAAAACGGUGGCUGGAACGGUCUUUGUGAUGUUGAUUUCGAGUUUAUAUAGUAUGGUGAAGAUCCAGAAGCGUUGGAUCGAUGAGGGCUCGGUCAAUCCAACGGACCAGGUCCUCAUGGGCAAGCACCUUCUUGAAGCCACUCUUAUGGAUUGGAAUGUGCUUGAUUUAGCGUUCUGUUAUGUGGAUACUGUUGAUUGGCAUAUUGUGAAAUACCAUGUCUCUGAACUUUGA